AUGGCGGCCGUUGCGAGAAAGAAAAAGCCGAGAUGGAAGUAUUUAUACGCGGCAGCGGCGAUUAAAGUGAUUUACAAAGACGACGAGAACAUGCAGCGGCAGGUUGCGGUGUCGGGCGUGUAUGUCUGCAGUUCAGAAGAUGUCGAUGAUCCCGGGUUCGUGUUUACAAUAUCGUCUGUUUUGUCAUGCAAAGACGUGGCGACUGACCCCCGCUGCGCGUUCUACGCCGCGACCCCGGCCGCCGUCUCAUCGACCUCGGUGACAUGGACUCCCCUCGCGCACUCGACCUCCACAGACCUCCCCCUUCUCCGCACCUUCAUCUCCUCACACACAACCGCCCUCGCAAACACAUUCACAUUCCUCCCUUCCUCCACAGACCUCACCCUCCCCACCCUCCUCGCCGUCUUCCGUCCUCAAACCCGUCUCACCCCCGCCGCACUCUCCCCGUUCUCCUUCGCGGGCCCGACGCCAGCAGGCGCGAAACUCGUCUUCCGCGGCGCGCCAUUCGUGGCAGAUAGUCCCGCCAUCUUCCUCGGUUUUGAAACCCGCGGCACAGCAAGUUUCGUCGACGACGCGUCCGGCGUCGUGUUGUCGGACGCGCGGUAUAUGGACGGGAUCGAAGGGAGCGCUGCGAUUAUCGACGAUGACAGCGGGGAUGGGGUGCAGUUGGGUGUUGUUGCGGGCGCGUUGAGGAAGGUGAAUGGGGAGGGGGAGAUGGUGGUUGUGUAUCCCUGGACCGCGAUCGUUAAGGAUCUCGCCUCGCAGCUCUCAUCUUCCCGUCGCAGAGCGCUGCAGGAUCUCGAUCUGCCAACUUCAUUAUUAACACUCAAAGACACCUCCGCGCUUGACCCCGCGCCGCUCUCUUCUUCCAGCGAUAAUGCGGCCGCCAUGGCGCACUGCGUGGUAUGCAUCCGCCUCCGCAACAGGAACGGAUCUCGCCGGUCGUGGGGCAGCGGCAUUCUUCUGACGCCGGCGGUGAUCGUCACCAACCAUCAUGUGAUUCCUGAUCUCGACCAGCUCUCGCUCGCGUCGGUCACUCUUCCGGGCGGGAAGAACGGGACUACGCUGGGUGUCGAACGGGCUGAGAAGCCGUUUGAGGGGAUUGAUAUGAUUUUCCUGUUCUUAAAUAAACGGUCGUCAUCAGCUAUUUUGGCGUGUAAUUACCCAACCGCCAUCCCGAGUCUCUCAUCCACGACUCCCUCCUCUACGAUCCACCGCAACCAACCCGUCACAGCAAUAGGAUACGGCCUCUUCCCCCCCUCCCCAACAACCACACCCACCCCCCUCCUCUCCCACGGCCACAUCACAAGCACAGUCCCCCUCCCCCUCCUCCCGCACACCCCCCCCUCCCCCGCCCUCUUCACCGUCUCAGCCGCAUGCUGGAACGGCGCGUCCGGCGGCGGCGUGUUUGCGUCCGACACAGGCGCGCUGCUGGGCAUGAUUACGAGUAACGCAAAGACAGAUCGCGGGGUGGUCUAUCCGACGCUCGGGUUCGUGAUUCCGGUGGGGGUUGUUUUGUUGGGGUAUAGACGGUGCGUGAUGAAGGGGAGGGGGGAGGGUGGGAUUAGUGAGCGGGUCGUGAGGUUGUGGAAGAUGCAGACUACGCACGUUGAGAUUUUCGAAAAGAUAAAGACGAAGCUGUGA